CUGGCCUUCAUGAAGAAGAGGCACUGCGAGAAGAUCGAGGGCUCCAAGUCCUUGGCGCAGAGCUGGAGGAUGAAGGACCGGAUGAAGACCGUUAGUGUUGCCUUAGUUUUGUGCCUAAACGUCGGCGUGGAUCCUCCUGAUGUGGUGAAGACGACGCCCUGCGCCCGCCUGGAGUGCUGGAUCGAUCCUCUGUCAAUGGGUCCCCAGAAGGCUCUGGAAACCAUUGGGGCGAACUUGCAGAAGCAGUACGAGAACUGGCAGCCACGAGCCAGAUACAAGCAGAGCCUCGACCCUACGGUGGACGAAGUUAAGAAACUGUGUACGUCCCUGCGGCGAAACGCCAAGGAGGAGCGGGUGCUGUUCCACUACAACGGCCACGGCGUCCCCCGGCCCACCGUCAACGGGGAGAUCUGGGUCUUCAACAAGAACUACACGCAGUAUAUCCCGCUCUCCAUCUAUGACCUGCAGACCUGGAUGGGCAGCCCUUCCAUUUUCGUCUAUGAUUGCUCCAAUGCUGGCCUUAUCGUCAAGUCGUUCAAGCAAUUUGCACUACAGAGGGAGCAGGAGUUGGAGGUGGCUGCAAUUAACCCGAACCAUCCGCUUGCUCAAAUGCCUCUGCCUCCGUCGAUGAAGAACUGCAUUCAGCUGGCGGCGUGCGAGGCCAACGAGCUGCUGCCCAUGAUCCCCGAUCUGCCCGCUGACCUUUUCACAUCAUGCCUUACUACGCCCAUCAAAAUCGCUCUGAGAUGGUUCUGUAUGCAGAAGAGUGUCAGACUGGUACCAGGAGUCACGCUGGAUUUAAUAGAGAAGAUUCCUGGGAGACUGAACGACAGGAGAACUCCUCUAGGAGAGCUGAAUUGGAUCUUCACAGCCAUCACAGACACCAUCGCCUGGAACGUCUUGCCUAGAGACCUUUUCCAGAAGCUCUUCAGGCAGGACCUGCUCGUGGCCAGUUUGUUCCGUAACUUUCUCUUGGCGGAGAGAAUCAUGCGCUCAUACAACUGCACGCCGGUGAGCAGCCCGCGCCUGCCGCCGACCUACAUGCACGCCAUGUGGCAAGCAUGGGACCUUGCAGUUGAUAUCUGCCUCUCACAGCUACCUACCAUUAUAGAGGAAGGAACUGCCUUUAGGCACAGCCCCUUCUUCGCGGAGCAGCUGACGGCCUUCCAGGUGUGGCUGACCAUGGGUGUGGAGAACCGCAACCCGCCGGAGCAGCUGCCCAUCGUGCUGCAGGUGCUGCUGAGCCAAGUUCAUCGGCUGCGAGCUCUUGAUUUGCUGGGAAGAUUUUUGGACCUGGGGCCCUGGGCAGUCAGCCUGGCCCUGUCCGUCGGCAUCUUCCCCUACGUCCUGAAGCUGCUGCAGAGCUCGGCGCGCGAGCUGAGGCCGCUGCUGGUGUUCAUCUGGGCCAAAAUCCUCGCGGUGGACAGUUCGUGCCAGGCUGACCUCGUCAAGGACAACGGCCACAAGUAUUUCCUCUCUGUUUUGGCAGACCCUUACAUGCCGGCAGAACACAGGACAAUGACGGCUUUUAUUCUGGCUGUGAUCGUGAACAACUACAACACAGGACAGGAAGCCUGCCUUCAAGGAAACCUGAUCGCUAUCUGCCUGGAGCAGCUCAGCGACCCGCACCCGCUCCUGCGCCAGUGGGUGGCCAUUUGUCUGGGGCGCAUCUGGCAGAACUUCGACUCGGCCAGGUGGUGCGGGGUGAGGGACAGUGCCCACGAAAAGCUCUACAGUCUCCUCUCUGAUCCCAUCCCAGAGGUUCGCUGCGCCGCGGUCUUCGCGCUGGGCACCUUCGUGGGCAACUCGGCCGAGCGCACGGACCACUCGACCACCAUCGAUCACAACGUGGCCAUGAUGCUGGCCCAGCUCAUCAACGACGGGAGCCCCAUGGUCAGGAAGGAGCUGGUGGUGGCUUUGAGUCAUCUGGUGGUUCAGUAUGAGAGCAACUUCUGCACCGUUGCCUUGCAGUUCAUGGAAGAAGAGAAGAAUUACCCACUCCCGUCCCCUGCCACCACAGAGGGUGGGAGUUUGACACCGGUGCGAGAUGGUCCGUGCACGCCAAGGCUGCGCUCGGUCAGCUCGUACGGGAACAUCCGAGCAGUCACCACCGCCAGGAACCUCAACAAAUCCUUGCAGAACCUCAGCCUGAAUGAAGAAUCUGGAAGUUCUGUCGCGUUUUCUCCUGGGAACCUCAGCACGAGCAGCAGUGCCAGCAGCACCUUGGGCAGCCCUGAGAACGAAGAGUAUAUCCUGUCGUUCGAGACUAUCGACAAGAUGAGACGAGUCAGCUCCUACUCUUCUCUGAAUUCCCUGAUAGGUGUGAGUUUCAACAGUGUUUACACCCAGAUUUGGCGAGUGCUCCUUCACUUAGCGGCUGACCCCUAUCCUGACGUCUCGGACCUGGCUAUGAAAGUCCUCAAUAGCAUCGCCUACAAGGCGACGGUGAACGCGCGGCCGCAGCGCAUCCUCGACACCUCCUCGCUGACGCAGUCGGCGCCCGCCAGCCCCACCAACAAGGGCAUGCACAUCCACCAAGUGGGAGGGUCGCCUCCCACCACCAGUACCAGCAGCUCCAGCCUCACAAACGACGUGACGAAGCAGCCCGUCAGCCGGGACAUGGCGUCCGUGCGACCUGCCAACGUGGGCAACAUGGGGGUGCAGUACACCCCCCAUUCCCACCAGUUCCCCAGAACGAGGAAAAUGUUCGACAAAGGCCCAGAACAGACUACGGAUGAUGCCGAUGAUGCCGUUGGACACAAGAGCUUCAUUUCGGCCACGGUGCAGACGGGGUUCUGUGACUGGAGCGCCAAGUAUUUUGCUCAGCCCGUGAUGAAGAUCCCAGAAGAGCACGACUUGGAGAGCCAGAUCCGCAAGGAGCGGGAGUGGCGCUUCCUGCGCAACGCUCGGGUCCGCAAGCAGGCACAGAAGAUCAUCCAGAAGGGCAUCUCCCGCCUUGACGACCAGAUCUUCCUCAACAGGAACCCCGGGGUGCCCUCGGUGGUGAAGUUCCACCCCUUCACGCCCUGCAUCGCGGUGGCCGACAAGGACAGCAUCUGUUUUUGGGACUGGGAGAAAGGGGAAAAGUUGGACUACUUCCACAAUGGGAAUCCUCGCUACACCAGGAUCACCGCGAUGGAGUACCUGAACGGACAAGACUGCUCCUUGCUGCUCACGGCCACAGAUGACGGCGCUAUCAGAGUAUGGAAGAACUUUGCAGACCUGGAGAAGAACCCCGAGAUGGUAACUGCCUGGCAGGGCCUCUCGGACAUGCUGCCGACGACACGAGGUCUGGCCCGAAGGGUUUCAAUCUAUCUUGACAGAAGUAAGCAGGGAGGAGCAGGAAUGGUAGUCGACUGGGAGCAAGAAACGGGGCUCCUGAUGACCUCAGGAGAUGUGAGGAUAAUCCGGAUCUGGGACACAGAUCGGGAAAUGAAAGUGCAGGACAUCCCCACGGGCGCCGACAGCUGCGUGACCAGCCUCUCGUGCGACUCGCAUCGCUCGCUCAUCGUGGCCGGCCUGGGCGACGGCUCCAUCCGCGUCUUCGACAGGAGGAUGGCGCUGAGCGAGUGCCGCGUGAUGACCUACCGCGAGCACACGGCGUGGGUGGUGAAAGCCUACCUGCAGAAGCACCCCGAGGGCAACAUCAUGAGCGUCAGCGUGAACGGGGACGUGCGCUUCUUUGACCCCAGGAUGCCCGAGUCCAUGAAGGUCCUUCAGAUCGUCAAGGGGCUGACGGCCCUGGACAUUCACCCGCAAGCCAACCUCUUUGCGUGUGGCUCCAUGAAUCAGUUCACUGCAAUCUACAACGGAAACGGAGAGCUGAUCAACAAUAUCAAAUACUACGAUGGUUUUAUGGGGCAGAGAGUUGGAGCCAUCAGCUGCCUGGCUUUCCAUCCUCACUGGCCUCAUCUGGCCGUGGGAAGCAAUGACUACUACAUCUCGGUGUACUCAGUGGAGAAGCGGAUCAGAUAACGGCUCCGGGCAGCGUCACUGCGGAAAGGGAGUCCCAGCGGACAGGGCCGUGUCUCACCUAUAAUGUACAUAGUGAAAUUAUCGACUUGAAUGUUUAGUGUUGGCUGCUGCUGCAACCCGUAACUUGAACAUUUUUGUUUCUGACUUAGCUACUGAUGAUUUUGACAAGGGGAAGAGAGACAAUCUCCUAUUUUUUUUUCAGCUGUAUCCUCUAAAAGCUACAGAAAAGGAAUAUUUUAUUUUUGUUUCCAGUGGUUGGCUUCUCUGUUAGGAACACGGCUCCUGAGCUUGGAAGGACUGGAUGAGGCAACACCCUUGAAAAGGGCUUUUUGUUUUAGCCUUUGCUUUUGUUUUGCUGGAGCGUCGGUCGCUUUGAGGAGCGAAGUCGGGACUCGCCUGCAGCUCCGUGUGUCGGACGGAGGGGACGUUGGACGCCCCUGCGGAGCAGACGGGACGGCCGGAGCCUCGUCCCCU